AUGGAUCUAAAUCAGACACAAAAUAAGGAAGAAAUAAUAGAGCAAAUGGUAGAAAUAACCAAUUGCUCUAAGGAAGAAGCAGUUCAUUUAUUACAACUAAAUGAAUGGAAUUUAACAGAAACAAUUGUAAAUUAUAUAGAAAAUUCCAAAAAUACAGAAAAAAGUAAACGUGAGAUACCGGUUUGUAAUACUAUAGAGACAAAGAAUCAGCGUAAAUUUAAAACAUUUAGUGAUAUUCACACAGAAGAAUCAGAUACUAAUGAUGAGGAACAAAAGAAUUUUUAUGCAGGUGGUGAAAAGUCUGGUAUAUAUACUCAACACCCAAAGUCAGAUAAAAAUAUUAUUGAGCAAAUUUUGAAAAAAGCAUCUGAGAAUACUUAUAAGGAAAAUGAUAACCCUGAACCGUCGAAUACCAUGCCUAAAUUUACAGGAACAGGCUAUAUUCUUGGUAAAGAAGAAGAACCAUCUUCUAAAGUCCAAAAUCCUAAGGAAUCAACGGCUUAUACACCUCCUGCUAAAGUUACACGUGAUUUAAUAUUUUGGAAAGAAGGAUUUACAAUUGAUAAUGGCCCUUUAAUGAGAUAUGAUGAUCCUUCGAACACAGCAAACCUCCAGGCGAUAAAUUCUGGACAUGCACCAUUGUCAUUAUUAAAUGUACAAAUAGGACAAGAAGUGGAUUUAAGAGUUCAAAAAAAACUGGACAAGGAGUACCAGCCCCUUAAAAAAUAUACACCAUUUUCUGGAGCAGGUCAAAGAUUGGGAAGUCCAACGCCAAAAGUUAUUGUUUCUGGGUCAGAAAAAACACAAAAAAACACAAAUGAAGACAAAAAAAUUGUCUAUCACCACACUAUUGAUGAAACGUUUCCUUUUACAACACUGCAAAUUCGGUUCGGAGAUGGAUCAAAACAUUCCGUAAAAUUUAACUUGACACAUACGGUUGGUGACAUUUAUGAUUUUAUGGACUUAAAUAGGUCAAACAAUGAUUCGCGUGAUUAUAUACUACAAACAACUUUUCCAAAUAAAGAAUAUAGAGAUAGAUCAAUAAACCUAAAAGACGCAGGACUGUUGAAUGCAGUUCUUAUCCAGAAAUCAAAUGCCCUUCAGAAAGAUCCAAAUGAGACAUUAGACAUUAUUUAUCUAAGGCUACUUCGUUGA